ACUGCAGUGGACAAGAAGCAUGAGAGUCGCAUGAGAUUCCUUCGCUUCCUUCCCAGACUGUCACUCCCGUCCAAAAAAAACAUGAUUGAUUUGCUCAAGACUGCAGUGGACAAGGCACUAGAGAGUGAUAAUGGGCACCUGGAUCUUUUUCUUCGAUUCCUUCUUGGUUUGUCACUCCAGUCCAAUCAGCGACUCUUACAGGGUCUGUUGACACAGCAGGAUGGAAAUGACCAAAUCAAAAAGGAAAUAGUUCAGUACAUCAAGCAGAAAUUUGAAGCUAAUCUGUCUCCAGAGAGAUCCAUCAAUCUGUUCUACUGUCUGAAUGAACUGAACGACCAAACUCUGGUAAAAGACAUUCAGACCCACCUUAGCAAAGGAAGUCUCUCAUCUGCUGAUCUUUCUCCUGCCCAGUGGUCUGCUUUGGCCUUUGUGUUGUUGACAUCAGAGGAGGAGCUGGAGGAGUUUGAGCUUCAGAAAUUCAAGAAAUCAGACGAGUGUCUCAUUAGAUUAUUGGCAGUCAUCAAAACCUCCAAAAGAGCUCUGCUAAAUGAUUGUGGCUUAACAGACAAAAGCUGUUCAGCUCUGGCUACAGUUCUUGGAUCAGAUACCAGUCUGAAAGAGCUGAACAUGAGCAAUAAUAAUCUGCAGGAUUCAGGAGUGAAGCUGCUCUGCACUGGACUGGAAAAUAUGAAGUGUCAUUUGGAGAUACUGAGGCUUUCAGACUGCAGUAUCACUGAAGAAGGUUAUAAAGCUCUGGCUUCAGCUCUGAGAUCAAACCCUUCACACCUGAUAGAGCUGGAUCUCACAGGAAAUGAUCCUGGACAAUCAGGAGUGAAGGAGCUCAGUGAUUUACUACAGGAUCCAAACUGUCAACUCAAGACACUGAGACUUUCAGACUGCAGUAUCACUGAAAAAGGUUAUAAAGCUCUGGCUUCAGCUCUGAGAUCAAACCCUUCACACCUGAUAGAGCUGGAUCUCACAGGAAAUGAUCCUGGACAAUCAGGAGUGAAGGAGCUCAGUGAUUUACUACAGGAUGGACUCUGUUCAUUAAAGACCAUCAGGUUUUUGAAAAGUCCUGCUGCAGAGGAAGCGUGUGAGUAUCUCACUGGAGUUCUGGGUAAAAGUCCAUUACUACUGAAAGAACUGGAUCUGAGUGGAGAUAAAUUAGGAGAUCUGGAUGGGGAGAAACUCUCUGCUCUUUUGAUGGACUCUCAUAGCAAACUGGAGAAAAUAAUGCUGAAUAAUUGUGAGCUGACAGAGAAAAGCUGUUCAGUUCUAGCUACUGUUCUCUCCUCCAAAACCAUCCUGAAAGAGAUGAACCUGAACAACAGUCGUCUGCUGGACUCAGGAGUCAAAGAGAUCUGUGAGGGACUGAAGAAUCCUGUGUGUGAGCUGAAGAUACUGAAUCUGUGUGAUUGCAGUAUUACAGAGAAACAGUGUCUCAUCCUGACUUCAGCUCUGAAAUCAAACCCAUCACACCUGAGAGAACUGAACCUGAGCUGGAAUAAACUAGGAGACUCUGGAGUGAAAAACCUCAGUGAUCUACUGAUGAACACACAAUUCAAGCUGGAGAAACUAGAUCUGUGUAAUUGCAGUAUUACAGAGAAACAGUGUCUCAUCCUGACUUCAGCUCUGAAAUCAAACCCAUCACACCUGAGAGAACUGAACCUGAGUCUGAAUCAAAUAAAAAACACAGGAGUGAAUCACUUAUGUGACGUACUGAAGGAUUCACACUGUAAACUGGAGAGAUUGAGGUUAAGCUGGUGUUAUAUGACAGAUGAAGGUUGUUCUGCUGUGACUUCAGCUCUGAAAUCAAACCCAUCACACCUGAGAGAACUGAACCUGACAGGGAAUAAACUAGGAGACUCUGGAGUGAAACACCUCAGUGAUCUACUGAUGAACCCACAAUUCAAGCUGGAGAAACUAGAUCUGUAUAAUUGCAGUAUUACAGAGAAACAGUGUCUCAUCCUGACUUCAGCUCUGAAAUCAAACCCAUCACACCUGAGAGAACUGGACCUGAGCAGGAAUAAACUAGGAGACUCUGGAGUGAAAAACCUCAGUGAUCUACUGAUGAACACACAAUUCAAGCUGGAGAAACUAAAUCUGUGUUAUUGCAGUAUUACAGAGAAACAGUGUCUCAUCCUGACUUCAGCUCUGAAAUCAAACCCAUCACACCUGAGAGAACUGGACCUGAGUGGGAAUCAAAUAAAAAACACAGGAGUGAAUCACUUAUGUGACGUACUGAAGGAUUCACACUGUAAACUGGAGAGAUUGAGUCUUUAUCACUGUGGAAUUACAGAUGUUUCUUCUUUAACUCAGUGUUUGACAAACACAAAAGCACUGCAGUUUCUGAAACUGCUUUAUCUGACAGACAAUAAGAUCGGAGACUCAAAGCAGCAGCUCAUUGAUGUGCUACGAGACUCAAACUGUAAACUGAGGUGAGUAAACUUCACUUUC